GGCCAAUUUGUCUAGGUAAAAGGGCGUCUUACUCUGUAUGUGCGGCAUUCAUCCGCGGCCGAUUUGAUUCAAACUUCCCGCACACCAAAUCCCGUUUAUCCCGUUUAAACCCGCCCACUCCCCUCCGUCCCCUCCGUCCCCUCCGUCCGCUCGUCAUCCGGGGACGAGUCAAGGGCCGCAACAUCGCGGCAGCAGAUAAACGAAACGACGGCAAUGCCCAACACCGCCCUCAACAUGGACGGCGUGCUCUGGGUCUUCGUCAGGUCGCUCACGGCGGCCGUCCUGGUGGCCGCCGUCGGCUCCGUGCUCUACUUCGUCAAGCUCCUGAGGAAACAUCGCGGUAAGAUGGCCGAGCUGCGGAGACAAGGACUGCCCGUCGUCCCGCACAGCUUCCUCUUCGGCAACCUCCUCGAGGCGAAAAAGGCAUUUGACAGCCUCCCCGCCGGUGUCCACGCCAACUACGUGCUAUCGAAGCUCGGCGAACCCUUCAAGGACGGCGGCGCUUUCUACGUCGACACCUGGCCCAUGGCCGACCCCAUGCUCAUGGUCAUGGACCCGGACAUGGCCCACCAGACCGUCUACCACCCCGUCGCCGGCUCCGCCAAGCCCCCGAUGCUGACCGGCUGGUUCCACCCCAUCACCGGCGGGCCCAGCCAGUUCGACACCAACGGUCGGCCGUGGAAGCACCUCCAUGGCCUCUUCAGCCCGAGCUUCAGCGCCCAGAACAUCACCGCCGCCGUACCCAUCAUCGUCGGCAACGUCGCCACCUUCACGGACCGCCUGCGAGCCAAGGCCGCCGACGGCGCCAUGUUCCGCCUCGAGCCGCUCAUGCUGGACCUCAUCACCGACAUGAUCGGCGAGGCCCUCUUCAACAUGCGCCUCGAGACCCAGAAGCGCCGCCAUCCGCUCGCCGAGGCCAUGAAGGGCCAGCUGCGCCUCAAGUUCACCGCCCACAAGCCCGAGAACCUCGUCGCCCGCGUCGACCCGGUCCUGCUCUUCCGCACUUGGAACGGCGGCCGCGUGCUCGACAACCACAUCAAGCGCCAGGUCCGCGCCCGCUUCCGCACCCUGCUGCAGAACAGGGCCCACAACCGCGACAAGGCCGAGAGCUUCCAGUCCGUCCUCGACUGCGCUCUCGAGAACUGGCUCGCCCUGCCGCAGAACGCCGGCCGCACCGAGCUCGACGCCGACUACCUCGCCGUCGUGACCCGCAACAUGCGCAUGUUCUUCUUCGCCGGCUACGACUCGACCGCCUCCGCCGUCGUCUACUGCCUGCACAACAUCGCCUCGCGGCCCGCCGUGCUUGCCCGCGUCCGCGCCGAGCACGACGACGUCCUGGGCGCCGACCUCGCCUCGACCCCGGCCAGGAUCGCCGAGAACCCGGCCCUGCUCAACGCCCUGCCCUACACCAACGCCUGUAUCAAGGAGUCGCUGCGCCUGUUCCCGCCUGCCGGCGCCAUCCGCCAGGGCUGCGCCGACCUGGUCCUCCGCGACGCCGCCGGCAACGCCUACCCGACCGACGGCAUCGCCGUCAACAUGCUCCACUGGGUCAUCCACCGCAACCCCAAAUACUGGGCCCGCCCGGACGAGUUCCUCCCCGAGCGUUGGCUGGUCACGGACCCGGCCCACGAACUGUACCCGCCCAAGGGCGGCUGGCGCGUCUUCGAGUACGGCCCGCGACUAUGCGUCGGCCAGCAGCUGGUCAUGAAGGAGACGCGCGCCGUGCUGGCCUGCGUCGUCAGGGAGUUUGACAUCCGGGACUGCUAUGCCGAGCUGGAUGGCGACAAAAAGAUUGACCUGAGCGGUCUCGGGGGCCAGAGGGUCUUCAUGGUCGAGUCGGGCGCCGCGCACCCUACCGACGGGUACCCUUGCCGCGUGUCGCUGAGCGGGUAUCGGGGCGGAAAGGCGUGAUGAGAGAGAGGGGUGGCCGGCCAAUGGCUUAUACGCUGCGAGAGCGUAUGAGAAUAGCCUCCAUAGUCUCUCCUCUGGUAAAAUGUGUUGCAAGUUAGGCACGUGCUCCGCGAAGAACAUUAAGAUAAGUUUUCUGUCUCCCACGAUACGUCCGCGAUCGAUAGAGCGCAACGUUGUCUCGGGAGUUUAGACAGUAUAUAUAGAGGUAAUUGUAACUUGACCGAUACUAGAACAAGCAUCAGUGUUCUUCGAAUGACACCGAGAUGGGUAUGGUUUCUG